AUGAGAUUCGCUGUGGUUCACCAAGGCGACGUGAUCCCCGUGGAAGUCCCCGAUCAGCUCACUUUGGCUGAUUUCAAGGCCUACUUGGAAGCGGAAACUAGCGUUGGCCCGCAACACCAAAAGCUCGUCAAGGACGGCAACGAGAUCAAUGGCGACGAUAAGCUGCUUUCGGAAGUGGGGCUAGUUGAUGGCGACAUGGUUCAAUUACUCAAUACCGCUGCCCCAGCUGCUACCGCUGCUGCUAGCAGACCUCCAGCGCCAGCGCCUCGUCCGGGCCAAGUGCCGGCGUCGAUUAUCGAGAGCCAACGUCAGCAGAUCCUUAAUACCCCUCAAUUGAGAGAACAGAUCAUCCGUCAGCAACCGGAAAUGGAAGCGGUGUUGCAGGACCCCGUCCGAUUCCGCCAAGUGAUGGAACAGACGUUUGCUCAUAUGGGCCAAAUGGGCGGUGGUGGCGUGGAGAACCUGGCUGAGUACCAGCGGCUCAUGCAAAACCCUGACGAUCCUGAACUGCAGAAGCGGAUCAUGGAACUCAUUCAACAGGAGGCUAUCGAUGAAAACUAUCGCCUCGCUUACGAAAUCACACCUGAGGCUUUCACUCAUGUCAACAUGCUUUACAUUGAGCUUACCAUUAAAGGCCACAAGAUCCAAGCGUUCGUUGAUCUGGGGGCUCAGGUUACCUGUAUCUCGCCGAAGUUGGCUCAGAAAGUGGGUAUUGAUCGGCUCAUUGACAAACGGAUGGUUGCGGAAAUCCAAGGUGUGGGAAGACAAACCCUGGGAGGACGUAUUCACUCCGUUCCCAUUACUGUGGGUGACAGCAAGAUCGAACUUCCGUGCUCAUUCACUGUGAUCGAUACCAAUGUCGACUUGUUGUUUGGCUUGGACAUGUUGAGACGGCAUCGGGCCAUUAUCGAUUUGGAGCAAGACAAGUUAAUUCUUGCUAACGGCACCGUCGAAGCUCGGUUCUUGUCUGAAGGCGAGAUUGUCAACAACCCAUUCAGCCCGAAGGGCCCUGAUCAGGCACCAGCAUCCGCCAUAAAUCCCACUCCAGCAGUCACCAAUACUCCUGCUGCCACCACUUCUGCUCAGCCAGCGACCAAAUCUACUACGACACCCGCUGCUCCUUCAUCCCAUGCGACGCAAGCAUCGCACUUACGAAGAGACGAAUACACUCCCAGCGAUGCUGAGAUCCAGCAACUUGUCAACAUUGGUUUCUCUCCGCCUCAAGCGAGACAAGCAUUGAUUGCUUGCAACGGCAAUGUUGAGUUAGCGGCUUCGAUGCUCUUUAAUUAA